GACAACAAAAACGCCAGCGUACCAAGCAAAACACAAACAAAGAAUCAAGGCGAGGCGCUUUCAAACAUCGCUCGUACGGUAACUGCUCGCACCGCAAUUCCACGGUUAGUUUAUUUGAAUUUAACGAACGUACAAUUAUAUAUUUCGUUUGGAUUGUGUGAUAUUUGGCACCGUUUGUUCUUCUGCUUCCAAACUCUACCGCAACGAUGACCGAAGCGCAGAUCUGUGAUAUUAGCCCCGAGGCAAAGGAGGAGAUCAGCAAGUUUCGCUUUCGACGUAACGCAACCAACACGGCUUUGAUUCUGAAAAUCGAUCGUGAAAAGCAACUGGUCACCGUGGAUGAGCUGCUGGACGAUGUAGCGAUCGAGGAGCUGCAGGAACAGCUCCCGAGCCACCAGCCACGCUACAUCAUCUAUAGCUACAAGAUGGUCCACGAUGACUCACGAAUAUCGUACCCGAUGUGUUUCAUUUUCUACACACCGCGCGACAGUCAGAUGGAACUGUGCAUGCUGUACGCCAAAACGCGUAUGGCACUGCAGCGUGAGGCGGACUUGACGCGUUACUACGAAAUUCGCGAGCUUGACGAUAUGACCGAAGACUGGUUAAGGGAAAAGCUUCGAUAAAAAGGGCUGUAUUGGUCCUUUUGCUUAAAAAAAACCCGUAAAACACAUCACCACAAAGCCCUCGAUGCAGAUAAAGACACUUUAAAAAACGGCACCUAGCAAUGAUAACCCAAUAGAGGGGCUAUAGAAGGGGUUGCCAAAACACGAAAAAAGGAAAACGAAAUGCCAGAAAAAAGUAUAAGCAAUAAUCUAAAACGACGUAACGUAAUCAUUUCAAAAUCCCCUCUAACUUCAGGCGCCCUGGCAUGGAAAUGUCCCCACGCAGGGCACACAUACACAAACACUAUUUUAGAGAGCUUAUUGAACGUAGAUUUAAUACCUCGGAGAACAUUUGUGUACGGACGAGAAUUUUGAUGUACCUAGCCCAAAAAUAACGAUAUAUCAUCCACGGCGACAAGUGGAACCCAGGAAAGGACCACUACUAAAUAGCUUUUGCUGAAUUACACUAACUUCAGCUUCAGGAACAUAAAGAUAGAUUUAUCGUGCAACUGACGAUAUUACCGGGCGUGAUAGAAGCUAAUAGCUGUAAUAACGUAUUCGUAAACGUUUCGCUCUUUUCUGUUCUGUUUUCUCUUCUUAUUUUUUUAUAGAAGCAAUGCGUAUUCCUAGCGUAAGGAAGGGCCAAUAGUGUGUUAAGCAUAUGUUUCAGUCCCACUUCCUGGCGAACCAAUCGAGAAAGACAAGUACAACUAAUAUGCUGGUGAUUUUUGUGUGCGAACUUUGCAACGAUUUCGACAUUUGUAGCGGUGGACAAUUAGGAUUUGACUUCCGCGUUUGUAUCGCGUCCGAUUAAAACAGACACAGUAUACUAAUAUCCUAUCGGUAAGGGGUUUGAUUUCAUAAUGCUGGGUUUGUUUUAAGUCGGUAUACUAUCGUGUAACGUACCCAAUAAAUAGUUUUGAUAGCAUCAAGUUAGUUACUUAACUAA